CUUGCAUUAAAGCCAUAAUAAAGAAGCGUUCUUCUCUAGCAUCGUGGAAGAAGGAAACACAGAUGAUCAGAGGUUUUCUGUAUCAAAAGAGAUGAUUUUCUCCACAUUUAUGUAAAAGAAAUUUGCAAGACAAUCCGUGGGAAGAUUGAUAGCCGUCUGUGAUCUACUAAAUCACUGCAAGAAGUCGGACUUCUGUUUCUUUCUAGAGUCAAUUUUGGUGUCAGAAUGGCAAAGCAACUGAACCUUCCAGAAAAUACAGAUGACUGGACAAAAGAGGAUGUAAAUCAGUGGUUAGAAAGUCAUAAGGUUCAUCAAAAACACAGGGAAAUUUUAACUUCACAAGAUGUGGAUGGAAGGAUCUUGAAGUGGUUAAAAAAAAAAGAUCUUAUUGAUAUGGGCAUAACACAUGGUCCAGCUAUCCAAAUAGAAGAACUAUUCAAAGAAUUGCUGAGAACUUCCUCUGAAGAUUCCAGUCAGACAAAUAAGAAGGGAAAAGGCAGUAAAAUUGUUCCAACAAACCAAACUUUGAUGCAAAAGGAAAGUAGAGAAAAACAAAAGGCUACAGAGAACACAGAUAUGGCUAAUGCUUUUGCAAUAAGCACAGUUGCUGAAGGUUCUAAGUCACAAAAAAAUGAGCUUAUGAAAGAUGAAAUAGAUGACACAAAUGAAAAGCAGCCAUCCCCAGAAGUGACAUGUGUAUCAUACCCCUUUGAUGAAUUCAGUAAUCCAUAUCGUUACAAAUUUCAUUUUAUUUUACAGCCUGAAUCAGGGCCAGGAAAUUUAAUUGACCCAGUACAUGAAUUCAAAGCCUUCACAAAUACAGAAACAGCCUCAGUAGAAGAUAUUAAGAUGAAGUUUAGCAAUGAGGUUUUCCGAUUUGCUUCAGCUUGUAUGAAUUCACGUACCAAUGGUACCAUUCAUUUUGGAGUCAAGGACAAACCCCAAGGAAAAAUUGUUGGAGUGAAAUUCACCAGUGUUACCAAGGAAGCCCUCAUUGACCACUUCAAUCUGAUGAUACACCAGUAUUUUGAAGACCAUCAGAUCCAAAAAGCAAAGAAGUGCAUUCGAGAGCCAAGAUUUGUGGAAGUUUUACUGCCAAAUAGCAAUCUGUCUGACAGAUUUGUUAUUGAAGUGGAUGUCAUUCCACAAUACUCCGAAUGUGAAUGUGAUUAUUUCCAGAUUAAAAUGCAAAUUUACAACAAAACAUGGGAACAAAGUCCAAAAUUCUCAGUCUUUGUGCGAGAUGGGACCAGCACUAAGAACAUUAUAAAAAAUAAAACUGAUUUUAUAGAAUUCAAAACAGAUUUAAAAAAACUGGCAGAGGCCAGGAAAGCAGCUGAAGAAAAAUUCAAAGGAAAAAUAAAUAAAAAAGACAGUGAGGGACAAAAGCUGGUUAAACUGUUAACAGGAAAUCGGGAUUUGUUAGACAAUUCAUACUAUGAACGGUACAUUCUUGUCACAAAUAAAUGCCAUCCAGAUCAAACAAAACAUUUAGAUUUCCUAAGGGAAAUUAAAUGGUUUGCUGUGUUGGAGUUUGAUCCUGAAUCUGAGAAAAAUGGAGUGGUCAAAGCUUACAAAGAAAGCCGAAUAGCAAACCUUCACUUUCCAAGUCAGUAUGUAGAAGGGAAAACCACACCAGAUGAGAAGAUUUCUACUCUGAAUCUCUACCAGCAACCCAGCUGGAUAUUCUGCAAUGGCAGGUCAGACCUUGACAGUGAAAAAUAUAAGCCCUUAGAUCCAAGUUCCUGGCAAAGAGAAAGAGCUUCUGAUGUUAGGAAACUGAUUUCAUUUCUUACACAUGAAGACAUAAUGCCACCAGGAAAGUUUUUGGUAGUAUUUCUACUACUCUCCUCUGUAGAUGAUCCUAGAGACCCUCUCAUUGAGACUUUCUGUGCUUUCUACCAAGAGCUCAAAGGAAUGGAAAAUAUACUGUGUAUUUGUGUGCACUCAAAUAUAUGUCAGAGAUGGCAAGAUCUACUUGAAGCAAGAUUAAUUAAACAGCAAGCGGAAAUUGCAAGCCAAUGUAUUUCUACUUUAAAUCUUGAAGAGAUAAAUGGCACUAUUCUUAAACUAAAAUCUGUGACUCAGUCAUUUGAGAGACUUUUGCCAUCUUCUGGUUCCUCUAGUGUCCUUCUGAAAAAGGAAGAAGAGAUCAUGACUGCUCUGGAAAUUGUCUGUGAAAAUCAGUGUGAAGGGACACUUUUGGAGAAGGACGAAAGUAAAUUCAAUGAAUUCAAGGCAUUGAAAGAAGAAGAUUUCUAUCGAGGUGGCAAAGUAUCCUGGUGGAACUUCUAUUUUUCUUCCCAGAGUUAUUCUUCACCUUUUGUCAAAAGGGAUAAAUACGAAAGACUUGAAACAAUGAUUCAAAACUGUGCAGAUUCUUCUAAAGUAGUGUGUGCCAAAAUUAUUCAUCUAUAUCAUCAUCCAGGCUGUGGGGGAACUACCUUGGCUAUGCAUGCUCUCUGGGAACUAAGGAAGAAAUUCCGAUGUGCUGUACUAAAAAACAAGACGGUGGAUUUUUCUGAAAUUGGAGAACAGGUAACUAAUUUAAUCACCUAUGGGACAGAAAACCAUCAGACUCAGACUUACUUACCUGUACUUCUCCUUGUUGAUGAUUUUGAAGAGCAAGAUAAUGUCUAUCUUCUACAGGCCUCUAUUCAGACAGCUGUAGCUAAAAAGUACAUUCGAUAUGAGAAGCCUCUAGUGAUUAUCAUAAACUGCAUGAGAUCACAAAAUCCUGGAAAAAGUGCAAAUAUCCCAGACAGCAUUGCUGUUAUACAACAACUAUCUCUCAAAGAACAGAGAGCCUUUGAGCUUAAAUUUGAUGAAAUCAAAAAACAGCACAAAAACUUUGAAGAUUUUUAUUCCUUCAUGAUCAUGAAAAAUAAUUUCAGUAAAGAGUACAUUGAAAAUGUGGUCAAGAAUAUCCUGAAAGGCCAGAAUAUUUUCACCAAGGAAGCAAAGCUUUUUUCUUUUCUGACUCUUCUUAAUUCAUAUGUGCCUGAUACCACCAUUUCACUGUCCCAGUGUGAAAAGUUCUUAGGGAUAGCAAACAAGAGGGCUUUCUGGGGAACAGAAAAAUUUGAAGAGAAGAUGGGCACCUACUCUACAAUUCUGAUAAGAACAGAGGUGAUAGAAUGUGGGAACUACUGUGGAAUACGCAUCACUCACCCUUUGAUUGCACUUCUCUCACUGGAAGAAUUGAAAAAAAGCUAUGACUUGAAUAAAAGUCAAAUUAUGCUGGAUAUGCUAACAGAAAAUUUGUUUUAUGAUACUGGUAUGGGAAAAAGCAAAUUUUUCCAAGAUAUGCAUACACUCCUACUCACAAGACAGCGCAAUGAACAUGAAGGUGGAACAGGAAAUUGGUUUUCCCCAUUUAUUGAAGCUUUACAUAAAGAUGAAGGAAAUACAGUGGUUGAAGCUGUAUUGCGUGAAGGGAGUCGUCGAUUCCACCCAAAUGCAUUCAUUUGCCAAGCCUUGGCAAGACAUUUCUACCUUAAAGAGAAGGACUUCAACAGUGCUCUACAUUGGGCAGAACAAGCAAAAAACAUAGAACCUGACAAUUCUUAUAUCUCUGAUACACUGGGUCAAGUCUACAAAAGCAAAAUAAGAUGGUGGGUAGAUGAUAAUGACAAAAGCGGGAACAUUUCGGUUUGUACUCUAAUUAAUCUCUUGGAUUUAGCAGAACAUGCCUCAAAGGCAUUCAAAGACUCUCAACAGCAAAGUGAAGACAGACAAUAUGAAGUGAAGGAAAGGCUGUACCAGAAGUCAAAAAGAAGGUACGAUACGUACAACAUAGCUGGUUAUCUAGGAGAGAUAGAAGUUGGGUUUUACACAAUCCAGAUCCUCAAGCGCAUUCCUUUUUUUGAUGAUAAAAAUGAACUCUCUAGAAGAGAUAUGGUCAAUUUUCUAUCAGGAAGUAGGGAUAUUCCGGGGGAUCCAAACGAUGAAUUUAAAUUAGCCCUCAAGAACUAUAUUCCUUAUCUAACUAAUUUGCAAUCUUCUUUGAAAAAGUCCUUUGAUUUUUUUGAUGAAUAUUUCGUCCUUCUAAAACCCAGGAACAACAUUAAGCAAAAUGAAGAAGCCAAAACUCGGAGAAGGGUGGCUGGAUAUUUUCAGAGGUAUGUAGAUACAUUUUGUCCCUUACAGGAAUCACAAAACAUAGAUUAUAAAUCAAAGUUUAGUGAGCCACUCCAAGCAGAGAGGUAUCGAAGAAGCCUAGUAGCUUUAAAAGCAGACAAGUUUUCUGGGCUUUUGGAAUAUCUCAUCAAAAAUCAAGAAUAUGCUGUAAACACUAUGGAAGAGAUAGUGGACAAAUAUACUUUUCUCUUAGAACAAUCCACGGUCAGAACCCAUCCAAAGGAAAAGCAAAAUUUCAUCUUGGCCAACAUCAUUCUCUCCUGUCUUAAACCUACCUCCAAAUUAAUAAAGCCAAUUAAAAAACUGAAAGAUCAGCUUCGAGAAGUCUUGCAACAAUUAGGAAUGACUUAUCAAUUUUCAGAACCUUAUUUCUUAGCAUCUCUCUUAUUUUGGCCAGAAAAACAACAAUUAGAUCAAGAUUCUAAGCAAAUGGAAAAGUAUGUUCAAUCAUUGGCAAAUUCUUUCAAGGGGCAAUAUAAACAUAUGCAUCGUACAAAGCAACCAAUUGCAUAUUUCUUUCUUGGAAAAGGCAACAAUAUGGACAGACUUGUUCACAAAGGGAAAAUUGACCAAUGCUUUACAAAGACACCUGAUAUUAAUUCCUGGUGGCAGAGUGGAGAUGUGUGGAAGGAGAAAAAAGUCCAAAAUCUUUUGCUUCGUUUACAGGGACGAGCAGAAAAUAAUUGUUUAUAUAUAGAAUAUGGAAUCAAUGAAAAAAUCACAAUACCCAUCACACCCACUUUCUUGGGUCAACUUAGAAGUGGAAGAAGCAUAGAAAAAGUGUCAUUUUACCUGGGAUUUUCCAUCGGAGGCCCACUUGCUUAUGACAUUGAAGUCAUAUAAGAAUCAUAUCUUCUUCCUCCAAAAAUGUGGUCUCAAUGCCACCUAAAUUUCUUUGAACCAAUACCUACAAUUUAAAUUGGCAAAUUUAUGGAUACAUCCCUUAAUUUUUCUUACCUAUACAUACAUCAUUUAAUUUUCUCUUUAAGCAUGUUGUGAGUCCUGCAAAGACUAUGGUGGAGGAAAGAGCAAGAGAUGGGAAAGUAGAAAUCUCUCCCUCGGUGUGGGUAACACCACUGACGUGACUGGGAGAGGUGAAUGUAGUAAGACAGCCACACGGAACCUCACCACUUGAUCUCUCUAACAAGGCAUGGACUGAGAAAGAUUGUCAACUUUCUACUCAAAUUUGAAUUGUUUUUUAAAAUAGGGAAAAGUAUUAGUUAUGGUUCUGAGACAUUAGAAUGUCUGGGAAAACAUUUCUCAGAAAAAGUCAAACCUCUCAAACCAACACUUAUUCUUAUCAAGCAGAUCAUAAAUGAUCAAUUGCUUGGCAAUCAGGGAUCUUCCAAAGCAGAGGAAUAACCAAGUCUCUAAAGGUCAUGCCGAUAGUCAACAGAUAUUACCAAAGUAGGCUGGAGAAUUAGACUGCCUUUUCAUGCAGUAGGAGGUAGUUGAGCAAAAGUGAAAUUUGUCUCUAUGGUUAAUGACCUUAUAAACCCACUCCCAAAACAAAAAACUAAAAAAUAUAUUCAAACUCCAGAAAAAGCUAAUAAACAAAAGGGAUUUUUGUUUAAAGCUAAUGAGUUCAUUAUCCAUCAGAUUAUCUUUAACUCGUAAAGAUAGUGAGUUCAUUAUCAACAUACUGGUAGAUAAAUAUAUAGCCCAGGUGUUGAACAAAUAUAACACUGAGAUACCUAUAAAAUUACAAUGUAAUUUGUGGUUUUAGUGCAGUGGACCACACCUAUAACUCCAGCAUUUUGGGAGGGUGAGGCAGGA